ACCCAAACAAUACUACGUCACUUUCAUGCGUCAUUUUCAGAAACAAGCGGGAAGCUAACGGGCUAGCCUGCUGGUGUCACCAUGUCACAAAGAAAACGGCUAUCGGCGUCGCAAAACAAAGCUGCUGCAGCAGCCGCCAAUCGGUCAAGGGAAGAGUCGGAUGACGACGAGGAUGUGAGCUUGACUCAGCCAAGUUCGUCGCAGGUCCAGCGUGCACGGGAGAGCUUUACGCCUAUCCAGAUCGAUCGCAAGGUUGCAGAGGUUGUCCAGUUUAUCCUGAUAAAGGAUCAGAGGAAAGUACCAAUACGAAGAGCAGACAUCGCAAAACAUGUCAUCAAAGAAUACCGGUCAAUGUACCAGGAUAUCAUGAAGCGUGUCAUCCGCACAUUUGACCAGACGUUUGGACUGAAGCUGGUGGAAAUUGAUCCUAAAAGUCAUGUGUACAUCCUGGUCAACAAGCUGGAGGCAAUGCCUGAGGAGCCAGUUAGCAUGAUCCCUGCCAACCCCAAACACGGCCUGCUCUUCACCAUCCUCAGUGUCAUCUUCAUGAAGGGUGGAGUCGUCAAAGAAGCUCUCAUCUGGAACUUUCUAAAGAAGCUGAGAGUGGAUCCAGGAGAGAGACACGACAUCUUUGGAGAUGUAAAGAAGCUCGUCACAGAUGAGUUUGUACGACAAAAGUACAUAGAAUAUGUGAGAAUCCCCCACACUGAACCGAUGGAGUUUGAGCUUCGCUGGGGUGUCCGUGCAGACAAGGAAAUCAACAAGAAGAAACUACUGGAGACAGUGGGAGAGCUCUUUGACCAGGAGCCCAGCAGUUGGUCUCAGCAGUACAGGGAGGCAAAUGCUGCAGAGGCCCAGAGUCAGACCCAGAGCCAGAGCCAAAGAUAAUUACAAAUGGAGGCAUUGUAUAUAUAUAUAUAUAUAUAUCUACAUUGUACAGGUGUUUAAUCCCUUGUUUGAUUUCAUAUUUGUAUUUUCUUGAAGAAAAAACUCAGAAGCUGUUUAUUUUAACUUUUUUUUUUUUUUUUUUUUUUUAAAGAAAAGAAUGAGCAGAAAUAUUAAAUCAUCGGUGCAACUGAAACACUUCAGACACCAAAAGAUGGUGAUAUUGCUUCAUUUUUUUUUAUUGUGUUUUGUGCCAACAAAAAUAAAAUAGAUUUUUAAAAAACAAUUGAUUUACAUAACCAUUGCUCUUCUGUUACAGUAAAUUGCACAUUAAACCCAUUUGCAUUAGCAAUC